AUGAACGACUUUGACGAGUGCGGUCCGAGCGCAGCCAGCAUGUACCUGCCGGGCUGCGCCUACUAUGUGGCCCCUUCGGACUUCGCCAGCAAGCCCUCGUUCCUGUCGCAGCCGUCGUCCUGCCAGAUGACUUUCCCCUACUCGUCCAACCUGGCUACACACGUCCAGCCUGUGCGCGAAGUGGCCUUCCGUGACUACGGCCUGGAGCGCGCCAAGUGGCCGUACCGCGGCGGUGGCGGAGGCGGAGGCGCGGGAGGCGGCGGCGGCGGGGGUGGCCCUGCUGGUGGCGGCGGCGGCAGCGCUGGGGGCUACGCUCCCUACUACGCGGCGGCUGCGGCAGCGGCGGCGGCGGCAGCAGCGGCGGCAGAGGAAGCGGCCAUGCAGCGCGAGCUGCUCCCGCCCGCGGGCCGCCGGCCGGACGUUCUGUUCAAGGCGCCGGAGCCCGUGUGCGCAGCGCCCGGGCCACCUCAUGGCCCGGCGAGCGCCGCUUCCAACUUCUACAGUGCGGUGGGUCGCAAUGGCAUCCUGCCGCAGGGCUUUGACCAAUUCUACGAGGCAGCGCCCGGACCCCCGUUUGCUGGGCCACAGCCCCCGCCGCCGCCAGCGCCACCGCAGCCGGAAGGCACUACCGACAAGGGCGACCCCAAAGCGGGGGCUGGCGGCGGCGGCGGGAACAGCCCCUGCACCAAGACGACCCCCAGGCAGGAGUCCAAAGGGACAGCGGAAGGCGGCGAUGGCGAGGGUCCCCCAGUGGAGGCGGGGGUCGAGAAAAGCGGCGGCGCAGUGGCCCCCCAGAGGUCCCGGAAAAAGCGCUGUCCCUACACCAAGUACCAGAUCCGCGAACUGGAACGCGAGUUUUUCUUUAACGUGUACAUAAACAAAGAGAAGAGACUCCAACUUUCUCGAAUGCUAAACCUCACUGACCGGCAAGUCAAAAUCUGGUUCCAGAAUCGCAGGAUGAAAGAAAAGAAAUUAAACAGAGACCGUCUGCAGUAUUUCACUGGAAACCCCUUAUUUUGAGAGCUCCAGGAAGCGCCCCCUAAAACCUCCAACCCCCACUCAUCCAUCCACCCUCUUCCGCACCAGCCUACUCUCCCCAGGCCCAAGGUUCUUGGGUUUAAUGACGCUUCUUCUCUAUGGAAUUCCACGAGAUUCCGAUUCCUUCCCACGGUCAACUCAGGACCUCCCAGCGACCACUGCAGCCUGCGGACGAGGCCGGGGACUUGGCCGAGCGGAUCCUAAUAAGGGGAAAAUGGUAAAUGCAAAAGUCCCUUUACAAUUUUACCGCCAAUGUGAUGUUGUUGUUCCUCCCCUCUCCCAAUCCUCGUGGAGAAGCGGUGGGAACUGUAGGGAGUUAGGCCGCUGAGCUAGAAGGCGCCGGUGUUUUGUUCUGCGUUUAAAGACGCCCCCCCCCCACCUUCGAUGAACGCAGAUUAUUUAAACUCUGGGAAAUAUACCUUUGGUCUGUCAUAUCAA